AUGGCCAUCUACGGGCUCUGGGUCAUCAAUAAAGCCGGCGGCCUUGUGUACCAGCGCAACUUCGCAGAUGGUCUCGCCCAACUGACUGCGAACGAGUAUCUUGUGCUCGCUGGAACGCUACACGGUAUCCAUGCCAUCACCGCGCGUCUGUCGCCGACUACAGGGUCAUCGUCCGGCGCACAAGUGAUCGAGGCCGAGACCUUCAAACUGACCAUAUUGCUUACCGCGACCGGUACCAAGUUUGUGUUGCUUACAUCCCUUGCGGAGCCGCAUUCAUCGAACCACGCGACGCUGCAGCGCGUAUACGAAGCUUAUGCCGACGCGGUUAUGAAGAACCCAUUCCAUACACCUGAGAUGCCUAUACGAACGGAAGGUUUCGAUGUGAAGAUAACUGCUAUGUUGGGCUCGUGA